AUGGAAAACGCUGCACGAACUCACGAAGAUAUAGAAUCUCACAUUCGAGAUUUACAGGCGAAAAAGAAAGAGCUGAAUGCCGAAGCGGCAAAGGAUAAGGGAGUAGGUUUGGCCGAUAGAGGGUACUUCGACAGCGAACUUUAUGAUGGCGGCGAUAGCGGCAGUAAAUUCGAGGGAUAUGUUACUUCCAUCGCUCCAAAUGACGAUAUUGACGAUGAGGAGGACGAAGGCAUGCCCAUCGGACGGAACAAUCGUCCGAUGGGAUACACGGCACCAACGGCACUUCUGAACGAGAUGGGACAGGGCGAGGACUACGAUCCGUUUGCAGAACGACGAAAACCAACGGUGGCAGAAAAAGAGGAUGAAUAUCGUCAAAAGCGUAGACGGUUGGUCAUUUCGCCUGAACGAGUGGACCCGUUUGCAGAUGGAGGCAAAACGCCUGAUGUUGGUUCACGUUCAUAUACGGAAAUUAUGCGCGAGCAGAUGCUGAAAGGCGAAGAAGCGGAGCUGCGCAAAAAAAUCCAAGAAAAGGCCAAGGAUGGAUCGUUGAAGAUUAGUAUGACAGGACAGGCGACGAAACCGGCACCGGUCGAAGCGAAGAAGCGUGGCCGCUGGGAUCAAGCGGUCGAUGUGCAGUUCGUAGCACCAAAGAAGCUUGCCGUACCAGCGACUCCAACCUGGGAUGCUGAGAAAACUCCAGCUGACCAUCGCUGGGAUGAAACUCCCGGACACAAAGGCAGCGAAACACCCGGUGCAACACCAAAUGUGCGCAUCUGGGAUGCAACACCGGCCCACGUAUCCGGUGCAGCCACCACACCAGGCCGCGAAACACCGGCAGAGAAGUCGACCCGUCGCAAUCGAUGGGAUGAAACGCCGAAAACCGAACGUGAAACACCCGGCCAUUCGUGGGCGGAAACACCCCGUGCCGAUCGCGUCUCUAGCGAUGGUGUGCUCCUCGAUGCCACCACGCCCGCCUCGAAGCGCCGCUCCCGAUGGGAUGAAACGCCGUCCAAUGCCACCCCAUCGGCCAUGACGCCGUCGAUCGCUAUGACACCAACACCGCAUGGUACGACGACACCGGGCCACGCUACACCCCUUCUCACACCGGGUGGAACGACGCCCGUCGGACACAAGGCAAUGGCGAUGGCAACACCAACACCGGGCCAUCUUGCUUCGAUGACACCGGAACAACUGCAGGCAUACCGCUGGGAGAAGGAAAUCGACGAACGCAACAGACCGUUUACAGACGAGGAGCUAGAUGUAAUGUUCCCGGACGGGUAUAAGAUAUUGCCUCCGCCAGCUGGUUACAUUCCCAUUCGGACGCCAGCCCGUAAGCUAACUGCCACACCGACACCGAUUGCUGGCACACCGGCCGCCUUUUUCAUCCAAACAGAGGACAAAUCGGCCAAGUUCGUGGAUAACCAGCCGAAGGGAAAUCUGCCCUUCAUGAAACCGGAAGACGCACAGUACUUCGACAAGCUGCUGGUCGAGGUGGACGAAGAUUCGCUCAGUCCGGAGGAGCAGAAGGAGCGCAAAAUCAUGAAGCUUUUGCUCAAGAUCAAGAACGGUACGCCACCGAUGCGCAAGGCGGCACUGCGGCAGAUUACGGACAAAUCGCGCGAGUUCGGUGCGGGACCACUGUUUAAUCAGAUCCUGCCGCUGCUGAUGAGUCCCACGCUCGAGGACCAGGAGAGGCAUCUGCUGGUGAAGGUGAUCGAUCGCAUACUGUACAAGCUGGACGAUUUGGUCCGUCCUUACGUGCACAAGAUUCUGGUCGUAAUCGAACCGCUGCUCAUCGACGAGGAUUACUACGCGCGCGUGGAAGGUCGUGAGAUCAUUUCCAACCUAGCAAAAGCGGCCGGGCUUGCUACGAUGAUUUCUACGAUGCGCCCGGACAUCGACAAUAUCGACGAGUACGUGCGUAAUACGACGGCCCGUGCAUUUGCGGUUGUUGCGUCCGCGCUGGGAAUUCCGUCGCUGCUGCCGUUCUUGAAGGCGGUCUGCAAGAGCAAGAAAUCGUGGCAGGCGCGUCACACCGGCAUCAAGAUCGUGCAGCAGAUAGCCAUUCUGAUGGGCUGUGCGAUACUUCCGCAUCUGAAGUCGCUGGUCGAAAUCAUUGAACAUGGAUUGGUGGACGAGCAGCAGAAGGUGCGCACUAUUACAGCACUCGCGUUGGCUGCGCUGGCCGAGGCAGCCACACCGUACGGCAUCGAAUCGUUCGAUUCGGUACUGAAGCCGUUAUGGAAGGGCAUCCGGACGCAUCGUGGCAAGGGUUUGGCGGCGUUCCUGAAAGCCAUUGGGUAUCUGAUCCCGCUGAUGGAUGCAGAAUACGCGAACUACUACACGCGCGAGGUGAUGCUGAUUCUGAUCCGCGAGUUCCAAUCGCCGGACGAGGAGAUGAAGAAGAUUGUGCUGAAGGUGGUAAAGCAGUGUUGCGCGACGGACGGUGUCGAGGCGCAGUACAUCAAGGAGGAGAUAUUGCCGCACUUCUUCAAGCAUUUCUGGAACCAUCGGAUGGCGCUGGACCGCCGCAACUACCGGCAACUGGUCGACACGACUGUCGAGAUCGCGAACAAGGUCGGUGCGUCCGAGAUCAUCAACCGCGUGGUGGACGACCUGAAGGACGAGAACGAACAGUACCGCAAGAUGGUGAUGGAAACGAUCGAGAAGAUUAUGGCGAACCUCGGAGCGGCCGACAUCGAUUCGCGUCUGGAGGAACAGCUGAUCGACGGCAUACUGUACGCGUUCCAGGAGCAAACGACCGAGGACGUGGUGAUGCUGAACGGGUUCGGCACAGUUGUGAACCAGCUGAGCAAGCGCGUCAAGCCAUACCUGCCACAGAUCUGCGGUACCAUCCUGUGGAGACUGAACAACAAAUCGGCCAAGGUACGCCAGCAGGCCGCCGAUCUGAUCUCGCGCAUUGCCGUGGUUAUGAAGACGUGCCAGGAGGAGAAGCUGAUGGGCCAUCUCGGUGUGGUGCUGUACGAGUACCUCGGCGAGGAGUACCCGGAGGUGCUCGGUUCGAUUCUGGGCGCGCUCAAGGCGAUCGUGAACGUGAUCGGCAUGACAAAGAUGACACCACCGAUCAAGGAUCUGCUGCCCCGACUGACGCCCAUCCUGAAGAACCGGCACGAGAAGGUGCAGGAGAAUUGUAUCGAUCUGGUGGGCCGUAUCGCGGAUCGUGGACCAGAGUACGUUUCGGCUCGCGAGUGGAUGCGCAUCUGCUUCGAGCUGCUCGAGCUUCUGAAGGCGCAUAAGAAGGCGAUUCGGCGUGCCACGGUGAACACGUUCGGCUACAUCGCAAAGGCAAUCGGUCCCCACGAUGUGCUUGCCACGCUGCUGAACAAUCUGAAGGUGCAGGAGCGUCAGAACCGUGUCUGCACGACCGUUGCCAUCGCAAUUGUGGCGGAAACAUGCCGUCCGUUCACCGUGCUGCCCGCCCUCAUGAACGAGUACCGUGUGCCGGAACUGAACGUACAGAACGGUGUGCUCAAGUCGCUGUCCUUCCUGUUCGAGUACAUUGGCGAGAUGGGCAAGGAUUACAUCUACGCCGUCUGUCCGCUGCUGGAGGACGCACUGAUGGACCGCGAUCUAGUCCACCGUCAGACGGCCUGUGCCGCGAUCAAGCACAUGUCGCUCGGUGUGUAUGGAUUCGGGUGUGAGGAUGCGCUCAUCCAUCUGCUGAACUACGUGUGGCCGAACAUCUUCGAAACCUCUCCCCAUCUGGUGCAGGCGUUCAUGGACGCGGUCGAGGGACUACGGGUAGCGCUCGGUCCGAUCAAGAUACUGCAGUACACGCUGCAGGGAUUGUUCCACCCGGCCCGCAAGGUGCGUGAUGUUUAUUGGAAAAUUUACAACUCCCUGUACAUCGGCGCCCAGGAUGCACUCAUCGCGGGCUAUCCACGCAUCACGAACGAUCCCAAAAAUCAGUACGUUCGCUAUGAACUGGAGUACAAUCUGUAA